AUGUACCAGUUUGUUUCGAACGCCACCAAUCCUCCCUCUAUAAUAUACAUUGGAAAAGAUAAAUAUGAAAAUGACCAGCUAAUUAAGCAUGGAUAUGGCGAAAAUGAUGUUUGGUUCCAUGUGGAUCGCCUCUCAAGCGCUCAUCUUUAUCUCAAGCUGAUCCCUGGUUUUGCGUGGGACAAUCUCCCACAAGAGCUGCUAAUCGACUGUUCUCAAUUGGUCAAGGCAAAUUCCAUCGAGGGUACCCCUUGCUGUCUUACCAUAGGAAAUAAGAAAAAUAACGUCGACAUUUUAUAUACCCCAUGGAAUAAUUUAAAGAAGACCCAGGGAAUGGAGGUCGGAGAAGUCGCAUUUCACAAGCCCAACCAAGUCAAACGAUUCCACGUAGAAAAAAAAGAUAAUGCCAUCCUUAAUCGACUGCAAAAGACAAAAACGGAAUACACAAUUGAUUAUGAGCAGGAAAAAAUUGCCAGAGAAAAGGGCCUUCGAGCCCUCCAAAAAGACCAGGAAAAAGCAAAGGUGACCUUAUUUCGAGCUUUUAUUAACCAACUAGAAAGCGGAAAACAUCGGGAUUCAAAAUGCAAAAAGGGCUCAAGAGCAAAUAACCUCAUAUGGCGAUAUUUUUCAACAACAAAGGCUGCCUAUUUCUCGGGCACUCGAUUUUUCCGAAACAGACAUCCACCAGUAUGA